CUGGUGGCGUAUUCGAUCACCACGUCCAGACGGCUGUGUGUGACUCGCGGGCCAAAUACCGGGAGGGCCGACGCCCUCGCGCGGUCAAGGUAUAUACAAUCAAUUUGGAGUCUCAGUACUUACUAAUACAAGGAGUUCCUGCAGUGGGAGCCAUGAAGGAAUUAGUUGAGCGUUUUGCUCUGUAUGGUGCGAUUGAACAGUAUAACGCUCUAGAUGAAUACCCAGCGGAAGAUUUUACAGAAGUUUAUCUCAUUAAAUUUGUGAAAUUACAGAGUGCAAGGGUAGCUAAGAAAAAGAUGGAUGAACAGAGCUUCUUUGGAGGGUUACUUCAUGUGUGCUACGCUCCAGAAUUUGAGACAGUUGAAGAAACUAGAAAAAAAUUACAAGAAAGAAAGGCUUAUAUUACAAGAGUUACUAAAAACCAAGGUAUGGAAAGUGUGUGUUAACACCUCCUGUGUAUCAGGCACUGCUAGGAAUGUGUGUCACUGUGGAAUUCCUGCCCAGUCACAGUCUUUGCUCUGUGCACCCCUGUAGAAUCUCGGCUGGGAAGGGAGAGGUGUUGCUUCAUUGAGAUUGCCUCUGGGAUGUGAGAGAUAGUUGAAUAGUAGUAAAUGGUAUUCAGAAGUGGGGUUAAAAGGAUGGCAAGGUAAGGCAGGCUACAUGUCAAACACUUAGACAGAUGAAUCGCCACCAUACGUCUAAGGAGCUGCAAGUCCUACAGAGUAACCAAGGUCCCGAGGUUUUAGUGAGUGAGAUUAGGAAAGUAGACAGGCAACAAAUCAUGGAACUUGUGGCCAGGCUUUAACAUUAAGGCAGCAAGAAGCAGUUAUGGUUUACAGACUGGUUCUACAUGCUGCUCAUCAUGGGAAACUUCCAGUUGUUAUAGUUGGGUGGCCCACAUGUCCAUCUGAGUUUCUCUUGGCACAAGGAUGAAGUAAACAUGGUUCUAGUAGGAUACCCUGGAACUGUAGAAGCUUUCUAUGCAAUGGCGUGGAGACUCUAAGAUUACAGUUAGUGGAAAAUGUAAAAAUAUAAGUUUUAUUGUCUCUCAAGUGGCUCCAGAGGAAGAGUGAGGCGUUCUAGAGUGCUGAGGAGGCGAAGCCUGGUGGUAGCCUGGGAUCUUUCCGAAAGCCUUGAAGUCUUCCCGGUGCAGUCCCUGCUCUAGAAGUACCGUUUCGGGAGUAGAGGGCCUUAGCAUAGUAAGAUUGUUACAUGGCGAAGAAGAAACCAGUUCCAGAGCAGAAAGGAACAAAAGAUUCUAGACAAGGUUUCCAUCCACCUAUGCCUGGAUUUGGUACAGCUGCUUUAAACACAUCUCCUGAGAGUCCUCCAGAGAACUCGAGUUCUUGUCUUCCUUAUUCUUGUGAAUUCCCUUUAAGCUGUUUUGCUUCCAAGAGCACAUGUUCACGUGGGGAACAUGUGGACAGAGUAUCAGACUCCUGUAAUAGUGCUAGGAACCAUGGUGAACUGUCUAGGCAUCGUGACCACAGUGCCUUUUCACCAAAGCUGCAGAUGAACACUUACAAAAACUCCGUCCCUUGCUCUAGUGUGCAAGAGGCCAUUGCUACCUCACAGGCAGUUGGCAGGUUCAUGCCUAGGACAACACAGCUGCAGGAGAGGAAACGGCGGCGAGACUGUGAUCGAGAACUGGGAACUCUGCUUGAGACACACACAAGCAGUAACGAGGUUUUGAUUGGACCUAAGUUACCAGGUAUCCCCACAGUAGAUCUGCAGGACGACUCCUUGAAUACAACGGCAACCUUAAUUCGGAGGAAACUUAAAGAGGUGAUUUCAUCUGUGCCAAAGCCUCCAGAGGACAAUAUAAAAGACGUGUGUACAAGUCACCCAGGAAAACAAAGAAGAAGAAUAUAGCUUGCCAGUGGGGAGUUAGUCUUGCCUUUUCUUUUUUCCUUUGAAUCAGAGUCUCACUGGAUAGCUCUGGCUACUCUGGGACUCUCUAUGUAGACCAGGCUGGCCUGAGUGCUGGGACUAAAGGGUGUGUGCCACUACCCCCAGCUAAAUUGGUGUGUUCUGGAGAGAUUCUUUUUUAUGUUUGGCCCAUUUUAAUUCUUUCAGGCAUCUUACUACUGCUGUUUUAAAGUUUUUUUCUUUUAAACCAGUUGCAAAUGUUUCCAUCUUUCUUGGAUCUACACGCAAUGUGGCAGAGACUGUUCUCUUUAUACUGUAUUAGUUCUUAUAUUAGAAUACGUAAAUUGAUUGAAACAAAUGUAGAAAUAUGUCAUACAAAUAAGGCAAUCAGGGUCUCAUUUUAAUUCAGGUAUUGAGCAAUCUGUGUUCAGAGACUGGCAGGGGGGUUGUUUUUGAACACCAGGGCUUCAAAGUGAAAGCAGAACUGUAGAGAAAAAAAUGCCAACAAAUGUUACAGCAACACUGAUAUUAGAAACACAUUUUUAAAAAAGCAGCAUACAUAAUGUAACUUCUAAGACUAAUUUAAAUUGACUAUGGUGAUGGAAAAAACUAAUUUUGGAAAUUCUAGAUUUCUACACUGUCAGCAUAUCUGUACUUUUUCUUCUGUCAGCGGGCCACAGUAUAAUUUUUCAGGCUAUUUAUAUUUCUUUUCUUGGAAAAAAUAAAGUGAGAAGGCACAUGCUA